AUGGACCCUACUCUUGACGUUUCCGACAAGUUUCAAGAAGCUAACACCGCAGCCAGGCAACGGUUUGAAUCCUUCAAAUUGGGCGGAGGCCCUUCCUCUAACCUGCCUAGUCACUUUUCAAAGCCUUCUCACGGACGAUCUCGCUCUCGUAACAAUUCUAUCUCUUCUAUCUCGUCUAUGUCUGCACUUUCAAUUUCUACUUCCACCAAUUCAGUUGUAUCCACGAACGAUAUGUUGUCAAAUACUCCCUCUUUUCAGAAUGGCCACUCCAAACGGCCAAGCUCCCAUCAUCGACGACGUUCUUCUGUUUCUACCCGCCGCGAGUCGGCGGAAAUGAUGGGUGUCUCAUUACCUGACCUUCCCGUGUCCAAAGAAGACAACAUCAAUUUUGGCGACAAGGACUCUAUUCGUCGUCGAGCUCUUUGGGCACUCGAAGGCAAACCUGAUCUUGCAUUCUCAAAAGUGGAAAUUCCUGAACUUAGUACCCCUGAUCUGUCCAAGAAGACGUUUGAAUUCCCGACCAAGCCGUCUUUCCCUCCCGGUAACGGUGGAGGUGGUUUUGGAGGUGGUUUGAGCAGUCUUAUGGGAAAACGCGAUUCUUUCGGCAAGCUCGUACCCUCAUCAUCCUCAGCAAAAGACCAACUCCAUACACUUGUUGAGGAGGAAGAAGAAGAGGAAGAGGAAGAAGUUGUUCCGCAAGUAGGACAAGUUGAAGCAGAAACGGAGGCUGCUGUAAAUUCCGUUAUCAAAUCCCCCAUACGGCCUCGUCCUGCUAGCUUGAAUUUGCGUCCCUUGUCUCUCGUGUCAGGCAGUGUAGUUAGUUCUGCACCUGGAAACUUGCCUACCCCAACUCUUACUCCUAGUCCAAGACCUGUAGGACUACGAUCUCUUGCUUUAGCUUCAUCUCCCAGUUCAAACCCUUUCUCCCCCUCAUAUGCCGAUGUCACGACCAUGAACACGACCAAAACGAAACGCCUAUCUGUGAUUACUACGCCUUCUAGCAGUACUCCUGUUAAUUCGCUUGCUCGUCGUUUUUCCAUCACCAGUCAAUCCGAAUGUCCCUCUCCAAGUGACAUGGCGAUGAAGAGACGUAGCAGCAUCUCGUAUAAAUGCUCUUCGGACCCUUCCAGGGAUAUGGUAGUCCCGCCCACUCCCGAGUUGACUCCUACUACAGAGCGUCGAUUUUCAGAGGCGAGAGAAUCGAGCAGUCUUGAAGACCUCGUGGAACAACCCUUAUCCAUAUCUGAGCAGCAUUUUUUAUUCAAGUCCCACAACGCGCUCCUCGCUCGCAUAACUGAUUUGGAGCGCGCUCUCUCUUCGCGAGCAAGACCUCGGUCUAGACCACUUUCUGUCGCAUCGGAUGCAUCUACGCUAUCCGAACCUAGUGACGAGAUGCUGCAGCUAAUUUCGGAUCUCAAAGCUGAGCGCGACGAGCUCAAGAGAGAUGUUGAUGGGUGGAGGACGCGAGUAGCUGACUUGGACAAGCAGGUUGGUGUAUUUGCUAAGCGGGUUGAAUCAGAGCGGAGAGAAGCUUGGGUCGCCCGCUCUCGCCUAGGCUUACUGGAGGUUGAGAAAACCAAUCUGGAUAAGGCAUUUAGUGAAAAGGCUGCUGCACUCGAGCAGGCUUUGAACGAGCACGAUGUCUUAAUUAAGGAGCGUGACAGCAUGAAGCACGAGAUCGACAAGCUAAAUGCUCGACUUCAAGAUGUCCAGGUCGUUGAAGAGGAGUGCCUUCAUCUACGGACGUCUCUUGAACAAGAAAGGAGGAAGGCACAAGAAUUGGAAAAGGCCUUUCUUGCUAAUAGUCAAAUCAGGUCGGCAAGAAUCGCUGGUUCGCGCAAUCGUUCAUCUAACUUCCAAUCCGUUAGCUCGGAAAGUUCCUCUACAGAUGUGGAGUCUAUUGACGACAGCUUCAACAAGGCAGAACUGACACUUAACUCGGUUGCGGAGGAGGAGGAGCUUGAAGAAGAAGAGACCGUCGACGAUCUUUCAGAUGAAGAGGAUGGCCUUGCUGGAUACGAGGAUGAGGAAGAUUCUGAUAUUAGUUUCCAAAGUCCUGGUGGGUCGUCCAUAGGAUCGGAGGACGAAUUAGACAUGCAUUCUCCUCCAGGUCUACUCGUUUCUGAGACCAUCAGCCGCUCGUGUUCUUCCUCCCCAGUUUCUAUCCCCGAGAGGCCUGCACACUCCCACGCACCACAUGCCUCACUUUCCAAAACGUGGACUUUCCCAAGAGGGACGCAGUCAAUAUCUGAUCUAAGUGCUGACGACGUUGAUCGUUUCUUUGGAUGUCUGGAUGACCUCGAUAACACUCCCCCUAUGGGAACCUAUGCCUCUUCUGAGGACAUGGGCAAAGGGCUGUUUUCGUCAGCUUUUGCGUCUUCCGGAGAUGAUGAGGACGAGGACUUGCCUCCGUUUUUAUUGCCGUCCGACGUUGGUGUAGUCGAGGCUUCUAUCAGAAGUUUACCCGUUGUGAUAGAAGAGGACGAAGAGGAGGAUGUAGAAGAGGAAAGCGAUGAUGAUGACGAAAAUGAUGAACCGCAGGGCGAGGAGGUUGAAGGAGGAAUCAUAUUUACAUUCACUCCACCUGCUAUUUGCAUCACCCCUGUAUUGGAUUCGCAGUCUGCUCCUGCUGCGCGGUCUCCAGUCAGGAAGCCUGUCCCUAUUUUCGAGCCCUUUGACGAUGAAGACGAAAGUGAAAGUGUUCCUUUUACUUUCCCUCAAAUCAGGGUUGAACAGGCGGAUGAAGAAAAGUCAGACGCCGCUCUGCUUUCGUCACCGUCCUCUGACGAUGAUGAAUUCACUAAGAAGGCUGUGCGCAAAGGCACUAAUUCGCCCUCUUCGAUACCUCGCUCUACGGCCUUACGGUCGUUUUCUUCAUGCACGCCGCCCCCGCCGUCGAUCGUUACUCGAGUAACGCUGGCACGUUCUGUUGCUCCAAUCAAUUAUCCAGCCAAUACCUUUGUGACCCCUCCUUCUAAACGGGGCGGUGUCAUGCCUUCUUUCAUACCUCAACCGGUCAACUCUCCUUCAAAACACUCAACGCCAACGAAACCGCGGUCAUCGGUUCCUGUAUUGCGUCAAGCGCAGGGUCAGCCUGCAACCAAUGGUUCGGCAUUUAAGCCUCAGCUCAGAGUGUCCUUGACCCACAAUGAGGCCCACAUUUUCGGACAGUCGGAUAGCGGCAUGGUCACGAGUGUCUCUACAGAACUAAAAGAAUCAAGUUCAAUCAAUUCCACCCUUUAUGAAUACCCAUCAGAACGUCAAGCUCUUUCUUCAUCACUAUCUUCAUUUAUGUCUUCACCGCUUGCGGCACGAAUUUCAUUCCAGUCGCUCUCGAGCUACAUCCCUCGUUCUUGGGCUCCAGGUACGGCGGCGGUCGCGUCGUGCAUUGGUCCUAGUAACGCUAGCAUUUCAAGUAUAAACGACGUACAGGCAACUGUUCCGUUGUUGUCUAACGUUAGGACGCGCCCAGUACAGAAGGGGGGGUAUGUAUCUAAAGAGAAGCAACUGGAAAGAUUGAAAAGCCGAAUGGAUCAAGAGCGAAAUGUUCAGCUCCAUCGUUGUAUGGCUGUCCAUCCUUGCAAGAGUUGUCAGGGUCAUGACAUUUUCCUGUAA